CUUUCUUGGCAAUGUUGGUAACACAAAUAGAAGAUAUGAUAAACAAGCUAAGGCUCUGGAAACAAAACAAACCUUAUGAUAUGAUUCCUGAAAUGGAUAUGUUUGCUUUGUUGGAUUUAGCACGAGAAGCCCUUAUGAACGAGCCCAUGCUCCUAGAAGUGAAUGCACCGGUCAACGUGGUCGGUGACAUUCACGGACAAUUCGGGGAUUUACUGCGCUACUUUCAAAUGUCCGGCUACCCACCCAACAAGAGCUUUUUAUUUUUGGGGGACUACGUGGAUCGUGGCCCAAAUGGCGUGGAGACAAUGACGUUUCUACUAGCCUUGCGAGUGAGGUAUCCGCAAAAUGUGUUCCUACUGCGGGGAAACCACGAAUCCGCCUCCAUCAAUCAGCACUACGGGUUCUACGACGAGUGUAAGCGUCGCUUUACCGUACGGCUGUGGAAGGCAUUCGUUGACUGCUACAACUGCCUGCCCGUGGCGGCCCUCAUUGACGGUAAGAUCUUCUGUUGCCAUGGUGGUCUGAGCCCGGUGCUCUACGAAAUGGAAGACAUACGAAAAUUAAAGCGCCCUGCAGAAGUAAGAGGGGCCGGUCUAUUGUGCGACCUGCUUUGGUCGGAUCCCGAUGGAGCCAUCACAGGCUGGGCGCACAGUGACCGUGGAGUCAGCUUCAAAUUUGGUCCCGAUAUUGUACAGAAUUUCCUAUCGCGGCAUUCUCUGGACCUAGUUUGUAGGGCUCAUCAAGUUGCUGAGGAUGGCUAUGAAUUCUUUGCAAAGCGUCAACUGAUCACUGUCUUCUCCGCUGUUAAUUAUUGUGGAGAAUAUGAUAACGCAGGUGCUAUGAUGAGUGUAGACAAGUCUCUUAAUAUAUCGCUUGUGGUUAUCAAGCCUCACAAACGCGUCAGGUUGGCGGACGGCGUAAAGCCGCUGGUGGAGAUGGCAGUCGAUUUACGCAAAUAAUAAAUCAUAAUCGUUGCCUGGUCUUUACAGAUUUAUGAUUCAAAACUAGGAAACAAUCAUGAAUACUAUUAAAAAGCACUCGUAAUUCUACGAAA